AUGGCUUCAGCGUAUCUAUACCACGGCACCUCUACUGAUAUGGCCAAAAAUCUUCUCAACUUGGACCCAUUAGCAUUUCUCUCGUAUCAAUCACAAUCUAGUAUGACACGCCCAGGUUAUGACUUCAAAGUGCGUAAUGGUAGACGUGCGAGCCAGAAUCAUGAUGCUAGUCUCGCUUGCGAAAUAGGUUCGCUACUUAACUUUUCUGUGAAAAGGAAAGCUGUUGCAUGA